UCUGCCAACAAACACUUUCUCUCAGGCCUUGCAGUUUUACCUCUUCAAGCAGCUGCUUGCUUAAGAGAAAUGGAUUGGCCCGAUCCUAUUUUCAUAUUUCUGGGCUUUAUCCUGACUGUUCUGUCUAUUAUGAAAAUUGGGAGUUUCUGGAACAGCAGCAUCAGAGAGGAUUUUCCCCCAGGACCCAGGCCCUUACCUAUCAUUGGAAACCUGCACAUUAUAGACUUGAAAAGACCCUAUCGCACUCUCCUGAAGCUUUCAGAAACCUAUGGCCCCAUCUUCAGCAUUCAGAUGGGAUUCACAAAGAUGGUGGUGCUCUCAGACUACGAGACAGUGAAGGAAGCUCUGGUGAACCAGGCAGAUGCAUUUGCAGAGAGGCCUAAAGUCCCAGUAUUUGAAGACUUUUCAAAUGGAUAUGGUAUUACUUUUUCACAUGGUGAAAACUGGAAAGUGAUGCGGAGAUUUACUCUCACAACCUUAAGAGAUUUUGGAAUGGGCAAGAGGGCCAUUGAAGACCAGAUUGUUGAAGAGUGUGAACAUCUGAUAAAGAGCCUGGAAUCCCAGAAAGGCAAGCCCUUUGAGCCUACUAUAACAAUGAAUGCAGCAGUUGCGAAUAUCAUCAUAUCAAUAUUACUUGGAGAGCGAUUUGACUAUGAAGACCCCCGAUUCAUUAGACUCCUACAUUUGAUCCAUGAAAAUGCCAGGCUUCUUGGAUUGCCCUCAGUUCAGAUCUAUAAUUUGUUCCCGGCCCUUGGAUUUCUCCUGAAGGGUCACAAGACUGUUCUUCGAAACAGAGAUGAGCUGCAUGCUUUUAUAAAGGUUGUUUUCAUAGAACGCUUCAAGAAACUGGAUAAAAAUGAUCAGCGAAGUUUUAUUGAUGCCUUCCUUGUAAGACAGCAGGAGCUGAUAAUGUGGCAAAUAAAUCCGCUGUGCACACAUGCAUCCGCAGAUUGCAUGGAGCCAGAAGUGCAACCCGACAGCCCGACAGCUUGGAGAGGGAAGGGAAGGGAAGCUUGGAGGGAGAAAAGUGACACCAAUGUUUAUUUCCACAAUGAUAAUCUAAAAAGCCUUGUAAGCAAUUUGUUUGCUGCUGGCAUGGAGACCACUUAUACCACGCUGCGCUGGGGCAUUCUGCUAAUGAUGAAGUACCCUGAAAUUCAGCAGAAAGUCCAGGAUGAGAUCAUGACAGUUCUAGGAUCAAACCCACCAAGAAUCAAACAUCGAACUAAAAUGCCCUAUACAGAUGCAGUUGUCCAUGAGAUCCAGAGGACUGCUAAUAUCCUGCCACUGAGCGCACCUCAUAUGACUACCGUAGAUGUCACUCUCAAAGGCUACUUCAUUGCAAAGGGAACUUAUAUCAUUCCCUUCCUGGGCUCUGUGCUGAAAGACAAAUCUCAGUGGGAGAAGCCAGAUACUUUCUAUCCUGAGCACUUUCUGGACUCUGAAGGAAAGUUUGUGAAGAAGGAGGCCUUCUUGCCUUUCUCAGCAGGCCGGAGGAUAUGUGCUGGCGAGACUCUUGCUAAAAUGGAGCUCUUCCUCUUCUUCACGAGCCUCCUGCAGAGGUUCACAUUCCAGCCUGCCCUGGGCCUUUCCACCUCUGACUUGGACCUCACCCCUGCAGCCGGACUUAGAAGAGCGCCAAUGCCCCAUGAGAUCUGUGCAGUGCCACGGGCCUAAGACUCAAGGCUUUCCUCCAUGUCUUAAAUGUGCCUGUCUUCAGGCCUCCCCAUAUAUCUUUGCUGGUUUAAUGGAUGCACUUUAUCUGUACGUAUGUUCAGCCCUCUAUGCAACUGCCUGGUGCAGUGAGUUUCACAGGCCUUUGUAUAUGGUUUAACCAAUGCUUUGUUACAUUCCUUUCCUGACUCCUCAGUCUGCAGCUUCCAUGGUGGCACAAGUUCCUCAUGGGAGUACUUCCUUGGGAGCUCCAGCUCUGCAAAUUUUGGAGUACCUCCUGAAUCCAUAUCAGGCAUAGCUUCUAGCAAGGACAUAUGCCUGGACUUUGAGACCCAGCCCUUUGACUUCCCUGCUUAUAAAUGUUCCCUCAGAUGGCUACUCUCUGGCUUAGCUUUUGGAGAGAAACACUGUCUCUUUGAAGGGACAGAGUGUGCCCAACAUCAUGAUCAGCAAAGCUGACAUCUCUUCUUAAACAAAUUACCCAACCUUUAUUAGUCAAUCUUUAUUAAUAAGCCUCACUAUGAUGUAAUCUUUUUAUGUAAUCUUUUUUAUGGUAUAUCUAGCUUUUGCAAACUAUAUCUAACCGAAUACUUAAGGCAACUUGCAGAUGCUGGGAGGGGUGUGGUAUGUGUGUGUUAAGAGAU